AUGGAUGGGUUGCAAGUAGCCCAGACGGGAGAGCAUCUGCCCGAAGCACUCCCGCAGGUCGCUUGGGAAGGCAAAUAUGAUCCGAACCAAGGCUACAUAACCUACGCGACUCCGUCUCCAGUCUACUCCGACACCCCCGACAACCCCAAGAAGAUUUUGGGCUUACGGCGGUCUACCUUUAUCGUUGUCGUCAUUCUCAUCAUUGCCGUCAUUGGCGGCGCGGUCGGCGGCGGCGUUGGGGGCUCCAUCGCAGUCAAAAAGGCAUACGAUCCCCAACGCCAGCGAGACAUCGUCGACGUCGGCCCCGUCGGCAACGGGCUUCAUCGCGCCCCCGCCACCGACGGCAGCCUCCAACUGGACUGCCCGAAUCUCGACUCCGCGCAGCUGGCGAUCAAUACCAAAUCGAAGCAAUACAGGUUCAACUUGCGGUGCGGCAUCGAUAACCCGAGCCCGGCCGGCGGCAAGGACAUCACUGUCCUCAUCGCCUACACGUUGCAGGAUUGCUUGAGGUCGUGCGCGGCCCUCAACGACCAGGCCGAGGAUCUCGGCGUAUCCUGCGUCGGGGUACAGUUUAAUGCAGACCUUGGUGUGUGGCUGCAGCGCGAGGGCGGAAACUGUUGGUUAAAGCGAGAGAUUACCGGCGCCCUUAGCACCGGUGGGAAUAAUCAUGUGUCUGGAACUUUGAGCACCGAGUGA